GUGCUUGACAUAAAAGUCCUAUUUGGCAUGUACUGUCAAAGUUGUAAAUCAAAAUAAAUGGUCUAGAACUUUCUGGUGAUUUAUGAACCCUUUCUACUGUUUAAAUCGUUGUGAAAGUGGUUUUUCUACAAGUUUUCAAGUGAAAAUAUCAAUUAUGUGGUAUAUUUGGGAGUGUUUCGUGUUGUAACUAGUUUUCCAAUGUUUACAUAUGUGUUGGUCGACGACUCGCGGAGGCGCUGAACUUAUCUCAUUUACAUAAGAUUUAAGCCAAGGUCACGAAAAUUGGCAGACAUGCGGUCGGACAUCGUGCACAACGACCCGCGCGAGGAGGAGGAAGAGAUCGAGGAUCAGUUCACGGUUUGGGAAAUUGACGAGGACGAUGACGACGCAGAGGAGGAGGUAGUGUAUGACGAGAUGCCGCCCCUGGUGGGGGGAGGGACCGACGCUGAGGGCCUCGCCAUCAGUGGCUGGCUGCCCCCCUCACUCCCUCCGUCUAAGAAGUUCUUCGCUUACAGCACCUAUGUAGACAAGAACGGCGUAAUCUACGUGCACGAGUUCCGGCACGAGUACACGCUAGAGGACCUCAACUACUCGCUGGCGCGGCACUACGAGCGGUUCGAGCUCGCGCAGCCCGCGCACUGGGCGGCGGACGAGCCGUGCGUCACGUACAACCCCGACAAGAACAAAUACUACAGAUCUCGCAUCCUUGAGGUGGACGCCGAGAAAAGCGAAUGCACCGUACAAUACAUCGACUACGGCAACAUAGAGACGCAUCCAUUCGCUAACUUACGUAAAGGGACGCCGAUGCGCCACAUCCCCUCUCUCGCUUACUCCUGCAAGUUAUUCUCGAGUCGGCCGAUAGGGGGUAUAUGGACCGCAGAAGCCGUGAAUUUUAUCGAUGGGGGGAUGAUCGACGUGGAGUGUACGAUUCAGAUAUAUAAUGACAUAAGGUCCCCCCUUCUGGCGAUCGACCUCUACAUAGAUUGGACGAGAAUGGCCGAUGUGCUGCCGAAGUGUGCAUUCGAGUUCGUACACUGCAGUUGCCAGCUUAGAACCCGGGACCUCGCGCAUCGCAUCGUAUGUCCAAGUGGAUGGGUGCAUUAAUCGCCGUGAGGAUUUUUAACUAUUUUUUUUACCCCAUCUCCCCCUCCCCCCUUGAUGAUCCAAGGGGGGGUUAUGGGGUUUAAGUUAAGAAAUUCAUAAUUAUAUUAAUUUAUGGGGAAGUGAAACAAACCACAUUAAACCCCGUUUUAAGGUUUAAAACUCCCGCGUUUGGCGAAAAAAUUAAUACACGUGAUUUUUUAAAAGCUCCCCCCUAACCCUCGUGAUGUUUCGUUAUUUUUCUGUCGAAAUGCUUCCCUCCCUACCCUCCUUCCACUCCCAUCUGUGAGGAGCUUUCUGAUAUUUUAACAAGUCUAUUAUGUCUUGUGCGUUUAUUUAGUUCAUAAAAUAAGAUUAAUUGUAAAGUACGGUAGUUUCCUACUAGUCAAAUUCAAUACUUUUUUCGAAACGUCAAAAACGUCAAAAACGAUAACGUCAUCAGAUUUUUACGUCAAAAAGCAGACUUAUUUCUCUAAAAUUAGCUAGAAUAAUUAAAUAAAUAAGUAUAUGUAUCGUCAAAUUAAUGAAUGAAAGUACGAUUAUUUUGGGAUAUUUUAUUAUAAUGAAAUAUCAAAAUAAUUUAUUUUUUGACGUAGGAAACUACCCAAUUAGAUCUCAACUGUAGUUUUUAAUAAUAGUACCUGUAGUUUGUAAUAUAGUCGUCCAUUAAUCACGUGAGGUUUUUUCAACGAUUUUUUGACCCCCCCUCCCCCUUGGUGAUAUGUGGUGAGAUUUUAGAUUAAUACAGAAAAUUUUUAAUUUUUUUAAUACAGAAAAUAAGUAUGAGUGGGUUAAGAUUUUGUAGGUAAUACAAGUACCAUCUAAAUUGGUUUAAUUUCAGAAAUACAUAAUUAUACACUACACCCCGUUUUAAGGUUUAAAAAACAAAAAUAAAUACACGUGAUAUUUUAUAAAGUCCCCCGUCCCCCCUCGUGAUGUUUCGUGAUUUUUGUCGAACCCCCCCCCCCCUAAUUGAGUCUCACGUGAUUAAUGGACGUCCCCCUAGUACAUUUGGAAAUGUAAAAGAAAUAUAUAGUAGUCCAUCAGAGACGUUAGAAACUCGUAAAAGAUUGUAGAUUCGUAUCGAGAAGUACCAUCAAUAAUUAAUAUCUUCAUCAAUUAAUUAUUAUCAAUCCUCUACUGUUACAAGUAUCAACGGAUAGCUUACUAUCAAGCGACCCGUCUGCUAGUUUGCCUUCUAAACCAUAAAAAAAUUACCUACAUAAUUACAAGUGUCAUAGUACGUAACAAUCCAAAAUAAACUUGAUGACACGACGAGCUAUGAACAAACUCGCUAAAUAAAUUAUUCAGUUUGAAACAAUCUUA